GAUAUACUUAAUAGUCUUGGCAUUUUUAGUGAGGAUAUGAUUCUCAAUGAACAUUUCAAGAAAGUAAUUGAUACCUUCUUAAAACACACAAUCUGAAUUGCUUAGCCUCAAAUUAUGCUAAGCCUAUUCAAAGGGGGAAAAAACAAAGAGAAAAAAGUUGAAUCUAGAAACUUAUGUAUUUUAACAAGGUUGUCUCUGAUUAUACCCCCCAAAAAAAUACUGUCUUUGUGGUGCCUCUGUACAGAACCCCUGAAUAUUUUCUCCCACAAGUAAAUAUCUAAUUUAAGGGCCAUGGAAAUACUUGAUGAUGCAAUUGACAACAUGGGGUUGAGUAACAAAAAAGUUUCAAAGCUUCUACUUGUGCUUUUCAUAGUCAUCCCUUUGGUUUUCAUCACUACUACCUCAAUGUGCAAAAUCUCAAACAAUUUUCUUCCUUUUGAGGGGUUUCAAAAAGUAUUAUUAGAAGGAAGAUAUCAGAAUGAUAAUGAUAAUAAUAAUAAUCAUAGCAUGGAAUUGGAAGGAAGAGGAAUAGUCCAAAAUAUGACACAUGAGAACUCAGGAGGAGGAGAAGAAGAAAAGAAUAAUACUAUUGAGGUAUCUCAAGGGAAAGUUCAGAAUAAUUGCACUGCUUCACAAGGAACAGUAACAGAUGGAGGGCCAAAAAAUAACACACAAAAACUUUCAACAAAUGAUUCAAAAAAUUCAACCACACAUGACAAAUUUCUUGAUGGACUUUUACCUUCUGGAUUUGAUGAAUCAACAUGCCUAAGCAGGUAUCAAUCCCAUUUAUACCGCAAACCUUCUAAUCACAAGCCAUCUCCAUAUUUGAUAUCUAAACUCAGAAACUAUGAAGAAUUUCACAAAAGAUGUGGACCAAACUCUAGAGCUUAUAAAAUAGCCAUGCAAAAAAUAACAACCCCAAGUUCUAAAACACAUCAUCAUUAUCAUCAUCACAAUGAUAAUGUUGAUGCUGCAAAGUGCAAAUAUCUUGUAUGGACACCUGUAAAUGGACUGGGAAAUCGAAUGAUUAGCAUCGCCGCCGCCUUCCUCUUCGCCGUCCUCACAGACAGAGUUCUGUUAGUAAGAUUUGAAGCAGACAUGCAUGGCCUAUUCUGUGAACCAUUUCAUGGGUCAACUUGGAUUUUGCCUAUGAAUUCACCCUUUUGGAACCAUGAGAAUGUUGAGACAUAUCAAAGUAUAGUGUUAGCUAAGGUGGACAAAGCUAGAAACUUGACAUUGGAUCAAUUGUUAUUGCCUUCUGUUCUGUUUAUUAAUCUACAACAUACAAAAGAAGAUCCUGAAAUGUUUUUUCAUUGUGAUCAUAAUCAAGAAGCUCUCAAGAAAGUUAAUGUCUUGAUUGUUCAAUCAGAUCAGUACUUUGUGCCUUCUCUGUUCAUGACUCCAUCUUUUAGUCAUGAUAUGAACAAGAUGUUCCCGGAAAAGGAUGCCGUUUUCCACCACGUCGGCCGGUACCUUUUCCACCCUUCGAAUGAAGCGUGGGGACAAAUUAGUAAAUUCUAUGAUACAUACUUGGCGAAAGCAGACGAGAGGAUUGGACUGCAGAUAAGAGUGUUUAGACCCACUUUCACUCCUCAACAAGCAGUUAUGGACUUGCUUUUAAGCUGUGCUACAAGUAAUAAGAUACUUCCAGAAGUCGAUACGCAAAAUCCGGCCGGCACGACGGCUUCAAAAGUGGGGAGAAACAACCAUACUCUAAAGGCUGUUGUUGUGGCAUCUUUGUAUCCAGAAUAUGGUGAAAAUUUGAGAAGUAUGUACCUUAAAGGACCAACUAUUACCGGAGAAGUAAUAAGAGUUUAUCAACCAAGUCAUGAAGAAAAGCAAAAGUUUAAAGAUAAUGUGCAUAACAUAAAGGCAUUGGUGGAUAUGUAUCUACUAAGUUUAUGUGAUGUGUUGGUGACUUCUUCAUUGUCUACUUUUGGGUAUGUGGCUCAAGGUUUUGGGGGUUUGAAGCCUUGGUUACUUUAUGGGCUGGUAAGUAAUGAAACACAUUUUCCACCUUGUCUUAGGGACUUGUCACCUGAGCCUUGUUACCAUUUUCCACCUCAACAUCAGUGUAAUGGGAACUCCAAAGAACAUUUUGCUGCUUCUUUCCCACAUAUGUUUGAAUGCAAGGAUUAUUACCGUGGAGUGAAGUUGGGUGAUGGUGUAGUUCAUUAAUUUUUAAUUUCUUAUCUAGGUUUUAGUUUCAUUUUGUUUUCUUCUUUUGUACUAUUGUAGGUGUAUAUUCAUUUACUUUUUUUUUGUUCAAUUGAGAAUUGUACAUUUUAUAUAUUUUAAUUUUUAAGUUUGGUUUAAGAAUUAUAAACCAAUAAUC